AUGAAAAGCACCUAAAUGACCAAAGAAUAAAUUUCAGAGGAGUAUACGCUCUAUAAAAGGUAUGUUCAGCAUCUCCAAUCGACAUUGCUUCAAGACGAAGGUUAAAUCUAGAGAGAAAUCAAAGUGAAUGUAAUAAGGACUGAAGCCUAUGAAAUUGAUAUCAAGGUAAAGAGAAAUCGAGAUAAUCUACCCAUAAGGACCAAUUACUAUAAGAGUAUGCCUGGCAACAUUAGAUUGCAGCAUCCGACUCCUGUGCUUUUGGAACGCUUAAGUAGAAUUUUAGUUGUAUUUAAUAAAGCCCCUCUUUCUAUUCCGACCAAAUUGACAGAGGAUAUUGAGGAACAUGUGUAAAAUCUAGAGUAGGGACUGGCUAAGAGCAUAGAUGAUAGCAAACACUAUUUGAGGCUGGAACACAAAUUAUUUAUAGACUUCUUUUUUGAGAAAUUCAAAGAGAAGUUUACUUCCUUAUAGGUUGUUUUUCAAUUGCAACAAUUAGCUUAAGCUAUAGGCUGUUCGGCAGAUUAAGUGUAAUCCUAUUAUUUAGCGAAACAAGCAAAAAAGUAUGAUCAGUUUGUAAAUUUUAAUGUGAAAUAUCAAUUUGUAAGAUUCAAUCGAUAUUUUUGUCCAAUUUGUAAUUUAUAUCUGUGUAGUUUGCACUAUCAGUACUAAUAUAAAUCUAAUUUAGUUCUAAAAAUCAGAGAUUGUAUAUUGAAAAAGAACCAGAAGAAGAACCCUAAGAUUAAUAGAAGGAUGAUCCUACUCAUCAUGAUAAUUUUUAUGAGACUGAAUUCAAGCCUAAUUCUUUGUUAUUGAGAGAACUCUUUGGUAGAUACAAAUUGAAUAAUAAAAUGGAGAUGGAAUAGAGAUGCAGAGAUAUCACUCAAUGUGGCAAAUACGGUGUUGAUUAAAUGAAGAUGAAAAAGUUCUAAUAGAAAUCAAUUGAAUAAAUGUUGGAAUUCGGAUUUAGCAAUUGUUGUUUUAUGGCACGAGUGUUAACGCAUAGAAUAUACCCAGUUACUUGUUAAUAGAUCAAUUAUUUAAUUAAAACCCUAAAGAGUUAGAGUAAGAAACACAUGACAAAUGGGAAACGUAAAUAACAAUAAGCAUCCAAGAAGUAGAAUCUCAAUAACUAUGCUCAAUAAUAUAUUCCCUGUUUCCAUGAAGGAGAAUGUGGAUCAAAUUCAUGCACUUGCGUUACAUGUCACAAAUAUUGUUGUUGCAAAGGACAGUGUCAAUAGAAGUCUAAAUCUUGUGAUUGUAGAGUAUGUGGUUAUGAUGAGAAGAAACAGAAACAUUCAUGUCCUUGCUACAUCAGUGGAUAUGAAUGCGAUCCUUAAUUAUGCAAGUGUCAAUCAUGUUCUAAUAAGAACCUAUUGCUUUAGGUUCGCAAACAACUUGUUUUAGGUAAAUCCUUAAUCUGUAAUGGACUGGGAUUGUUUGCAGCCCAAAAUUUCAAGGUCUGUGAUUUCGUUGGGGAAUACACUGGGAAUUAUAUUUUGUUAGAUGAUGAGAGUAUGGCUAUCGAAUGUAUUUGAAUCAUUAUAUCUUAGAAUGUGAUUGGAUUACCAAUAAUCAUUACUUAUUCGAAGUAGAUGAUAAGUGGUAAGUAGACGGAACCUAUUAUAGUAAUUGUCUGAGAUAUAUCAAUCAUGCCACGAAGAAAUCAGAUUUGGCUAAUUGCUAGGCUUAGAUUCUCUUCUCUGAGGGAAGAUGGAGAAUUGCUAUGUAUAUAUUUCCAGAAUUAUUGGUAGGUUCACCACCAAAAAUAUAUAAAUUGGAGAGGAACUGUUCUUUGAUUACGGAGAUAAAUUCUUAACCAAAUGGUUAACUGACUUUAACAAAUUAUGUGACGAUUACUACAAAAAAUGA